AUGAUGAUGGGCCGUGUGAUGUGUGUGUUGGCCGUUGUGCUGUGCUGUGCCUGCGGGUAUACGAGUGCAGUUUCUGAUUGGGAAGGUUUUCCUUAUGUUUCUGACGAGGAGAAGAAACAAGCAUUGUGGUUGGUGUGUAAGAAUAACAGUAAAGCUACUAUUGGUAAAUUUAAUUGUACGCACGCGAUACAACCACCAGGGGACACGAAACCUUUACCAACAUCAAAGGCAACCGUUGGUGGACCUGACCCUGGUUCAACUGAAAGGACAAAUACAGUGGUUGAUGGAAAAGGUCAUCAACAAGACGGAGGUAGACUCGAAGUGGUAAAAGCCCCUGGAAGUCCACUGCAUGAGGAUGCAUCAGGAGACCCUGUCGCUGCUGAUGAAGCUACAGGACGGGAUGCAGGGAUUACGUCUUCUUCAGGUUCUGCAGGAACACUGAGCAACACAUCUGAUAACUGUACACCUGUCAACUCUACUCCUAACCAGCAGUCUCCGGACAUCACCAACCAAUCUCAAGGUUCAAAUACGAGUGCACCUAAUUCUACGUCUGGCGCAGACUCACAAGAAACAAAUUCCACUAUUCUGGCCAGCACUACGAACACUACCACUGAAGCACCAACCACCACUCCAUCUCCUGUACCCAACGCAGAGAUCAGCAGCAGCAUCGCCUCCUCUCUACAGAACAAGGCUAAUGGUGACAGCAGUGUCAAUCCUGUGUGGAUGCGCACUGCAGCACCGCUACUGAUUGUGGCUGUGUUGGUCUCCGUUACCGUGUACUGA